AUGUGCAGCUCGGGGCAGCUGUUCCUGCAGCCAGCCUGGGACCGCGUGAGGACCCUCACCCAGUCGCCCUUCUUCGCGGUCGCUUUUGCGAUCACCACUUACGUGAGCUUCUGCCUGCCCUUCGUGAUGCUGGACGCGCUGUACCCCAGGGUGUCCGCGCUGCAGCGCUACAAGAUCCAUCCUCACUUUUCGCCGUCGGCCAGGCAGCUGCUGCCCUGCCUGGGGCGCACACUGUACCAGCACGUGAUGUUCGUGUUCCCGGUGACCCUGAUGCUUUGGGCCGGCAGCCUGGACCGCCAGCCCACGGAGGCGCCCGAGCUGCUGGAACUGGCGUACCACGUCGUGGUCUGCUUGCUGCUCUUCGACGCGGAGUUCUUCGCGUGGCACGUGCUUCACCACAAGGUGCCCUGGCUGUACCGGCUCUUCCACAAGGUGCACCACCAGAACUCGCCCUCGUUCGCCUUGGCCACGCAGUACAUGAGUGUCUGGGAACUGUUUUCCUUGGGCUUCUUUGACAUGGUGAACGUCAAGCUGCUUGGGUGCCACCCAUUCACCGUGCUGGUGUUCCAUGUGCUCAACAUCUGGCUGUCGGUGGAGGACCACUCGGGCUACGACUUCCCCUGGUCCACGCACAGACUGGUGCCUUUCGGAUGGUACGGGGGCGUGGUGCACCACGACCUGCAUCACUCCCAGUUUACCUGCAACUUCGCACCUUACUUCACACACUGGGACAGACUUUUGGGGACGCUGCGGUAG